UGUCAUGGCGGCCCACGGUCUUGAGCCUAGGUUAGCUUGCUGCUGUUCAGCUCGUUUUCCACUUAUAUAAAGUUGCCACUGCAGACAUUUUUACAUCUGGGUUAGUAUGGCAUUAAUAGUAAAGUCAAUCUCUAUUCCUACUCGCUACGUGGAGCUUGUUCCAAGUUACCUUUAGUAAAAUUUAGGACUAACAUUUUCUGAGGGUGAAGAGAAGAUUUCAACGAGAAAGCUGGUUCCAGGUUUGGCCUUGCUUACUCAUGGAUCGUCACAAGGGUAACAUUCUUCUUCAGUGUGAUUGGCAACAUAUGUUCAGGACAUGUGGGGACACAAACAACGGGCAUAUUGCAGUACACAGAGAAGAUGGGGUGCCCACUUGGCAGAAGCACCACAUCCAGAUUGCAGUCCCUCAGGCUGGGACCUCUCGAUGGUCCUAUAGGAGGCCAUACGAGACAGCUAAAAGUUCGCCUACAUCUGCCACUACUCUCUACCGGGUGUCACUUAGCGUGUCUGGCGUCCUUCGCGUCGAUGCUUGA